AUGGCAGGAUACGAACGGGUCAACGCCCGUGACGAAGACGACUACGAAACCACCCGCCUUGCUCCCGAACACGUCCCCAACUCCCCUCCUCCAUCCUUUCACUCGCGCUCUCCUUCCCCCCGACGGCACGACAACCAGAUUCAAGAUCCCACCCUUGCCGACGCCUUUGAUGAUGAUGGUGACGACAGCGAUGACGAAGUCGACGACCGCCAACGGCUGGUGCGCCAGAAUUCAUCGUCCCUCCUUCACUCUACCGGCGCCAGCAGCAUAACCGAAUCACACGACUCUUCCUCGCCAUCCUCGACUCCUCCCCCGGCCAGCCAUGUCUACGAUGCGCCCACUGCGGGCUCCGCGACUCGCUCUCAGAGGAUAGUCGGCGGUGGAGUGGCCAGCGAUGGCGUCUUUGCCAACAUGUCGGCUAGACCUGACCGUCAGACUACGAGCGAAAAGGAUGAGCAGCCUCCGACGUACGAGCAAGCAGCGGCUGAUGCCGUACCUCCCUACUGGGAGACGACGAUCCUUGCCCCCGGACUAGGCGGUGCUGACGAGGUGUAUAUUGACGGUCUCCCCGUAGGGUCCGUCUUCGCCUUUGUGCUCAACGGCAUGAUCUCGACCUCGUUCACCUUUGUCGGCUUCCUCCUGACCUACCUCUUGCACUCGACGCAUGCGGCCAAGAACGGCUCCCGCGCCGGUCUGGGCGUCACCCUGAUCCAGUACGGCUUCUACAUGCGCACCUCUCCGGCCUCGGAGAUCCCCUCCAACAUGGGCGGACCUGACGGAUACGCUGCGCCCGACGAUCCCAACUCACACAACUUUGACGAAUCCGACGUGACAGACAGUGGAGAUGGCCUGGGCGACUUGGCUGGCCUGGACUGGUUCUCGUACGCCCUCAUGGUGGUGGGAUGGUUCAUGCUCAUCAAGAGCACUGUCGACUAUCUCCGCGCUCGACGACACGAGCAACUCGUUCUCCAAAGUCCCGAUCGCGGUCUUGGUAUCCCCAUCAUCAGCACCGGCGAGUCAUCCGAGAGAGUUGUAUAG